AUGUCGCGCUAUGACGCGUAUUCACGUGAAGAGCAAAAAGCUUUUAUCAACGGUCUUUUGGGCAUAAUUCAUGACAAUUACGACACAACAAGACGGAUUCAAAGCAUUGUUGAUGGUAUCAAUCGUAUUGUAAUUACAAUCCUGAUAAUCAUGUUACUCUGUAUUACCGUUGCUUUGAUAUAUGCGUUUGUGGUUGGAUGUCGAAGGUACCACAAUUUUACCCGUCAAAUUCUUCAAAGACCUAAAUCUGAGCCUAUUGAAAUAUAA